AAUGAUGAUAUUUUAAAAAAUGUGAGGAAAGAUUGGAAUGAGUUGGUGGAGGAGAUAAAGGUGACCUCUUGGAGAUGGAGUUUGGGUAAUUAUUUGAGAGUUCCUUGUAUGUUAUAUGAAUGGUGUUGGAAUCCUAAAGAUUAUUUUGAUCUGAUUUUUGGACUUUCUGCGAUUACUGGCAUCUCAUCUCACUCCAUUGGUUUUGGUCUGCGCCUUAAUUUCCCUGUCUGGCUACUUGUUUUUUGUUUAGUUUGUUCUUUAGUGUGUGUAUCCUAUCUUUGGUUAGUGGUUUUUGUUUUCCGCUCUUUGCUGUCUGGACCUAGUGUAUUCCGGCCUGUGUUUUUAGGCUCCCUGUAGCUUCGCUGUUCUGUUAGUGUGUGGGGGUCUCGGGUUGUUGUUUUUAGCUUGUGUCAUGGACCUCUUGCGGUAGUUUAUCUGCUAGUGCAGGCGUGUAACCUUGUUUUGUGCCCCCCUAUGUAUUUCUUGUGAAUUGGUGUGUGCCUUUAAUUAAAUUUGCAGUUUAAAAAAAAAGUAGAAUUUUUUCAUAUUAAAAAGGAAUUGUUGGUAAUGUAGUGGAAUUAAUUGCUUUCUUGCUAUGAUCUAUGUGUCUACCUCGGCUAAUUCUAGGUGAAGUUGAAUUGGUUGUUCAUCAUUUAUAUUCAUACUGAAUGAUUAUUGGACUUUCAUUUUUUUAAUGUAAGGGAUAAUCUACAUCAGGGGUGAAGUGUGAACCCGUGUUAGGUCUUGAUUGUUUAGAUUACUUUUCCUCUUCAAUUUGGAGGAUGGGGAUGAAAUCAAAUUCUUCAUCCCUGUUAUCAUAAACAUAUCUAAACAAUCAAAUGAUAUAUUUAUUAUAUUCCAUUUCACCUCACUCAACAUUAGAUAUACAAACAUAGCUUAGAGGAGGAACUUAAAAGAGGAAAUCCACAAUCUCUGUGCAUUCUUGUUGCUUGUCCCACAUUUCUGCCAUUUGAGCUGUCUCACAGGGACUCUCCCCUUAGCUUUGCUAUUGAUUAUUUCUUGUUAGGAUAUAGGGACGGUUAGAGAACAAUAAAGGAAGUUAAGUAGUUAGAGAAGGUAUUUUGUAUAAAUAUAAGAGAAAUGAGAAUAGACAGGGAAUUCUGUAUUUCGAGAGUUUGUGAAAGGACAAAUUCGUUGUAGAAGGGGAAUCUGAAUCCCUUGGAGGAGUUUAUUCAAUAAAGUUGUUCUUUCUUUUCAAAUCAAUUUCUUUAGUUCCCAAAAUUUCUGCAUAUAAUUUUAUUUUUUAUGUUAUCAACUACCUGAAAAAGUUGAACUCAAAUUAUCUUGCUUCUGUUUCUGUAAGGUAAUAGAACGAUUUGCAAUUAUUAAUUUAAAUUAUUAAUGUUUGUAAAAUGUUGUAUAUGAUCGAUCUGAUAAUUAUACCAUUUUUCCUAUUUUAGUUUCAAAUGUAAAAUUCUGACUAUUCCUACUGUACAAGAAUUAUGGCUCAAGUCAGUAGCUAGUUCCCAAAUCAUCAAAAAUAAAGAAAAACGGGAAUGGCACUGUGUUCUGUUUUUGAUACUUUUUGUAACUUCUUUUACUACUAGUAAUGUUUUACACUAACCCACUUGGGUUGGUCUGGUAUUGGCUUGGGAGUUGGGAGUGACCUUCUCCUUAAGGUCUCAGGUUCGAUUCUCUUUGGUGCCAAUUUGGUGGGCUAAUUUAACUUCUUCAAAAAAAAAAAAAGGUAAUGUUUUACACUAUAAUCUUCUAAGCAAUGAUAGUUUUACAGUUUAUUUUUGAGUAACAACGUAUUUUGUAUCUCCUUUUAAAGGGCCCCAUUCACUAUAAUCUUCUAAUCCAAACUCAUUCAAAAGAAAAAGAUUCUCAUCCAAACCAAUAAAUCCACUUUUAAAGGGCCCCAUUCACUAUAUAUAUAUAUAUAUAUAUAUAUAUAUAAAUACAAUAAUUUAAAACCCUAAAACAUUCAAACUCAGAAAUUAGGAGUGGCAUUCAACUCAACAGUGUGAGUGAGUGAUAGAUUCCAAAUCAAGAUUUUCCUUUUUUUUUCUUCUUCUUUAUGCAACGUGAGUUUUCUCUAUUUUUCUACUUCAUUUUUUAAUUUUCUCUUUACCCAAAAAUCCAUUCAUAACCCUAAUUUUCAUCGCGUUAAUAAUCAAUUUUUCACAUGAUGAUGAUGAUUUCACAUAUUCUAACUAAAUUUUGUUGCUUUUUUAUUUAUUUAUUUAUUUAUAAUCAAUCAAUAGGUUAUAAAAUCAUAAGAAUCCAAAAUCACGAUUGAAGUAAUUCACAAAGAAAUUAAAAUCGCAAUCUAAAUUUUGGAAUUGAAUUGGCUAUGGAUGAAUUGGGAAAUAGUAGUUGUUAUUGGAGUAGAGAGCAAGAUAUAGCGUUUGAAAAUGCGUUGGCAAAUCAUCCCGAGGAAUGGGAGCAAUUUGCGGCGCAUGUAACUGGGAAAAGUUUGGAAGAAGUUAAGCGUCAUUAUGUGGAUUUGAUUGAUGAUGUUAACCACAUUGAAUCUGGUUAUGUGCCUCCGCCGAAUUAUAAUGAAAUAAGAGCUGUCAAAAAGAGAACUAAGACUUCAAGAACUGUUCAAGAAAGGCGAAAGGGUAUUCCUUGGACAGAAGCUGAACAUAGGUUAUUUCUUCAAGGCUUGGAGAACCAUGGAUGGGGUGACUGGCGAAGUAUAUCAAGGAACUGUGUGGUAAAAAGAACACCUACACAAGUUGCAAGCCAUGCUCAGAAAUAUAAAAUUCGACAGAAUUCAAAGGAGAAGAAGAAAGAAAGAAAGCGAUCCAGCAUACAUGAUGUCACUCAUGUAAAAAAUGAUGACAUUUCACCACCUCAAGGACAGUUUAUCAGUCAAGCAAGCGGCUCUGCAGCAAGUUCUGCUGGACAAUCAGCCGAACAAGCUCCUCCAUCCCCACCUUCUGGAAUUUAUGCUGCUCCUAGGAUCGAGCACCCUAUUGGAGGACAUCUUGUAUCUGCAGUUGGCACUCCGGUGAAUCUUUCUGCUGCUGGACAAUCAGCCGAACAUCCAGCCCCACCUGCUGGAAUUUAUGCUGCUCCUAGGAUCGAGCAACCUAUUGGUGGACAUCUUGUAUCUGAAGUUGGAACUCCAGUGAAUCUUUCUGCUGCUGGACAAACAGCCGAACAAGCUCCCCCAACCUCACCUGCUGGAAUUUAUGCUGCUCCUAGGAUCAAUCUUACUGCUGCUGGACACAUGGCUUAUGAACUUGGACCGGAUUCUGGGGCAGUUAUGCCAGGGGAACCAAUGAACAUUGGUCCUAUGACAUAUCCCAUGCAAUAUACCUAUGCUCAUUCAUGAAGUGCUGAUAAGAGGUGUAGUGCACGUACAUAGAAACAUCCGUUAGUUCAUAAUUCUGUUUAUAUUCCUUCAUUGUUGCUUUUAUGCAAGCUAGAGUUUUAUGCUUAUUCAAUGAUUUCAAAUAAGACACUGAAUACUUGACAUCCUUUGGCAUCAUAGGAUAUCAUUAAAGCAACUUUAUUUUUAGUUAUUUAGAUUGUUAUUUUUUA